UUACACAUCUCUAAAGGCAAUUUUGGAAACACGAAGGCUGCUCCUAAAACAAUUUGUUUUUUUGUACAAUUGACGAGGUACGACCAUCAACGUGUUUCGUGUGUUUGGGAACCAGCGUAAACAUGGAAUUCUAAGAAAUAAAAAUGAGAGGACAUAAAGAUUCCCCGAUGAGUUCUGAUCGCACCGACAAGAAUAUUAAGAUUAAGAAAGAGGAGGCCUUUCCCGUGGCGCUUUUCACUUGCACUCUGAAUAGGAGCCAUACCCACUCCCACAUACAAAGCUCACUUCAAGAUAGCUUACUUGAGAAUGAAGUCGACAAAGCGUCGGACUGUAGGAGUAAGGUUUCCAUCGCAAAAAAAACUCAACGAACUGGUGGACAAACAGUCCGCCAAGUCAAGAAAGGAAACCUAAAUUGUUUGGAAGUAAGCAUAAAAUCGCACGGAGACCAAGGCCAAGUUAAGAACGAACCACCUGAAGAAGUGCCGACCUCUUUUAAAGAGAUCGAUGUGCCGGAUAGUGAUUUACGAGAUGAUGGUGUCGACUUCUACCAUAGGCCUGCUACUUAUAAUACUAUUACGGUAAAAAGAAUUAAAAGGCGUACUGAAACCAUUUCAAAGGAACCAUGUCAUCAGCGUAAUUUGCGAGACCACACAAAAGGUCAACUGUUCAAAUGCACCAUUUGCGGACUGUCUUUUGUACGGAAAUCAAUACUUAAGACACAUCAGCGAUCCCAUACAGGAGAGAAUCCGAUCAAGUGUUCCCACUGCUCAAGGACUUUUUCACUGCAUUCACAUCUUCAAAGACACUUGAGAACACUUAGAAAACAAUGCCAAUUGAAUGACAACCCACUUGAAGAAGAAAGUUUGAAGUUUGCCCAAGAAAUAUUGACUUUGUUAAACGGUAACGAUCAUGAAGGGAUCGAGGUGAUGGUUGAUGAUUUACAAGUAGAUGGUGACUAUGGCGCAGACUUCCAUCGACGAACUGGUGGACAAACUGUCCGCCAAGUCAAGAAAGAAAAACUAAAUUAUUUGGAAGGAAACAUGGAGUCGCACGGAGACCAAGGCGAAGUUAGGGACGACCCACCUAAAGAAGGCGUGUUUGACGGGGAAGUACUGACCUCUUUUAAAGACAACGUUCAUGCACAGAUCGAUGUGCCGGAUAAUGAUUUACGAGAUGAUGAUUGUGGUGUCGACUUCUACCAAGAGCCUGCUACUUAUAAAAGUAAGGGAAAAAGAGUCAAGAAGCGUCACCAUUGCAGUUAUUGCCCUAAACAUUUUUCAAAGAAGUCAAGCCUUCAGCGCCACUUGGGAACGCACACAGGGGAUCAUCCGUUCAAAUGUACUUAUUGCGUAGAGUCUUUUUAUUAUAAAUCAAUACUUGAGACACACCUGCGAUUUCAUACAGGAGAAAAACCGUUCAAGUGUACCCACUGCUCAAAGACUUUUACACAAAACUCACAUCUUCUGAGGCACAUGAGAUCAGUCCGAAACAAACGCUUAGAAUGACACUCAAAUAUCUUUCUAUAUAGAUAAUUAAACUCCUCAAACACCACAAAAUAUCAGCAAAAAAGGGAAUGUUUCAAGCAGCUGUGAUUAACUGUAAACAUUUCAGAACCAAAAACAAAUAUAAUAUUAUUUUUCAUUGUUAA